AGUUCCUGGUGCGUAUCCUCUUUGCAGCGGUGUGUGUUUUGUAUUUACGGAUGCUGUAGGAGCUUAUUUGGACUCUCGCUGUCGGUUUUGUCCCCAGACUGUAAACUUUUACCCGGUCAUAGAUGGCCCAGUGCCCCGACGAUGCCAGCGGCUGCUCCGCGCUGAACGGAGGGCAGAAGAGGCGGAGGAAAGUGGCCGUUAUCACCGGCAUCACCGGCCAGGAUGGAUCCUAUCUGGCAGAGUUCCUCCUCGCUAAAGGAUAUGAGGUUCAUGGUAUUUUACGCCGCUCCAGCUCCUUCAACACUGGGCGCAUCGAACAUCUUUACCAGAACCCCCAGACACACACUGAAGGCAAUAUGAAGCUGCAUUAUGGUGACCUGACCGACAGCACAUGUCUGGUGAAGAUCAUCAACCAGGUGAAGCCGACGGAGAUCUACAACCUGGGAGCGCAGAGUCAUGUUAAGAUCUCCUUUGAAUUGGCCGAGUACACAGCUAACGUGGACGGUGUUGGUACGCUGCGUCUCUUAGAUGCCAUAAAAACGUGCGAGCUCACCAACAGUGUGCGUUUCUACCAGGCCUCCACCAGCGAGCUGUACGGCAAAGUCCAGGAGAUCCCUCAGAAGGAAACGACGCCCUUCUACCCCCGCUCACCUUACGGUGCUGCAAAGCUCUACGCCUACUGGAUUGUGGUGAACUUUCGAGAAGCCUAUGACAUGUUUGCGGUCAAUGGGAUCCUCUUUAACCAUGAAAGUCCACGGAGAGGUGAGUUCAACUUUGUGACGCGUAAGAUCAGCCGUUCUGUGGCAAAGAUUCACCUUGGCCAACUGGAGAACUUCAGCCUGGGCAACCUGGACUCCAAGAGGGACUGGGGACAUGCCAAAGACUACGUGGAGGCCAUGUGGCUGAUGCUGCAACAGGAGGAGCCAGAGGAUUUCGUCAUAGCGACCGGGGAGGUGCACAGUGUGAGGGAGUUUGUGGAGAAGGCCUUCAAACAUGUGGGGAAGACCAUUGUGUGGCAGGGUAAGGAUGAGAAGGAGGUUGGUGUUUGCCAAGAGACAGGCGUGGUGCAUGUGAAGGUGGACCCUAAAUACUUCCGUCCUACUGAAGUGGACUACCUACAAGGUGACAGCACCAAAGCGUAUCAGAAGUUGGGUUGGAAGCCAAAGGUGACUUUUGAGGAGCUGGUGAAGGAGAUGGUGGACGCAGACAUCAAACUAAUGAAGGAAAACCCAAACGCCUGAGUCCACAUCAGUCCAGAUCAGGAUGGAAAUAUUUUAGCACUCCGGUGUUCUGCCACUGAGACCAGCAGUGGGGGGACCAUGUUGUAUUUUUUACCCUUUUGACUUUUCCAAAUGAAGUACAUAAGUGUGUCCUUUCUCCUUUGUUAAGCGGGUUGAACUGAACCAUUGGUUGCCUUUCUUGUCUUGUGUCUUUUCCUGGUUUCAUGUCACUUUGAUUUGUUUUAUCAUCACAUAGCUGAGAUGCCUUUUAUAUUUCAACAAUGAUCAUCGCGUCAUGGUUUAUAGCUGGAGUGCAAAGGGUGUAUUUAUACCGUUUGUUUAUUUUAAUUGUUGUGGAAUUUAGAUGUCACUUUGGUUUCAGAGGAUUAAAUGGUAGAUUAUAUAAAUAAUGACGAAUAGGAAUCGAUGAUGUAAUUAAUGGUCUGACAUUUCAGUCAACAAAUGAGCCCUUUGGUACAAUAAAGGAUCAUCUUUUUACAUGUU